AUGAUAUUAUUUCGAAACACAAUACAUUCAUUCACUCACCGGCCUAUGUGUACAAAGGGCGACUUGGCGGCCUGUUUAUUAGCAAGCACACGAGGACAAGCACUCCCAAAUGGUACACUAUGGCUGGGCCCCUUUUCAGCAGCGCAGUACCGCAGCGACGUACACGCCAGCGUCUACCGAUGUCGUGCUUCUGGCACUAUGGGUACGGUGCUUUCGCGUGACAUGAGAGUAGAAGCAGUUAUGGAUGUACCCUGGGACAUCCACAUAGUCCCAAGUCACGGGGUGGCGGGCGGAGUGGCUUUGCUCAUGUGCGUCACCUCUCAGCCAGUGAAGAACUACAUCACGGUGACGAGAUGGUUUAAAGACGGGUCUCUCCUCACCCCCAUGGCCGCUGAAUCAGCUCACUACAUAAUCGGAGGCAGUCGUGGCGACAUGCUACUGAUCCGCAACGCUCGCACUGAAGACUCCAGCUCCUACUCCUGUGAGGCCCAGCAUCAGCUCACCGGAGACAAGAGGCGAAGUCCACCAGCCAUGAUCUCUGUUUCACAUGGGACCGGAAGUAUGGCACCUAGAAUACUGACGAUAUCUGAAGAUGAAACUGUACCACAAGGUGGAGACAUUAGGCUGGUCUGCUGCGCCAUCGGUAGCCCUCCACCAACUUAUAGCUGGUUCCGCCAUAGCAACGGCCGCCUGAGUCCCGUAUCAAACAGCAUCCGCGUAUCAGUCUCCGAGCAGGUGCUGAUCAUCCGACGCGCUCAGCUCUCUGAUGCGGGCGUCUGGACGUGCAGAGCCCACAACCAGUUCGGAGAGCAUCGAAGAGACGCGACGCUGCGUGUGCGCGCUCGGCUCGUUGUAAGCGUGCACCCUCAAUUACAGAUUGCGAACUCCGGCAGUUCUGUGAGCUUCAAUUGCUCAGUGGAAGGUGGGGAUAGUCGGGUGCGGUGGCUUCACGAUGGUGUACCCGUGGGAGGGGCGGAGCGAGUGCUUCGCGUCCAUGGCGUGGUGAGGGCACACCGAGGGAUGUACCAGUGCUUCGCUGAGAGAGAAUUGGACAGCGCACAGGCUGCCGCUGAACUCAGACUGGGAGACACUGCACCGGAGCUCCAUUACACGUUUAUUGAGCAGGCGCUGCACCCUGGCCCAGCAGUGGCCUUGCACUGCUCUGCAUCAGGUUCUCCUUCACCUCGAUUCACCUGGUUGCUGGAUAUGCAGCCGAUUGAAGAACACAAUACUCCGCAGAGAAGCAUAACGCAAUUUCUGAGCCCAAACGGCGAUGUCGUGAGUUAUCUGAACUUGACGUCGGUGCGACCGGAAGACGGCGGACGCUAUACAUGUCGGGCCCAUAACUCGCGCGGCACUGUCGAGCACUCCACGCGCCUCAAUGUAUAUGGUCCUCCUUCAAUCCGCAACAUCAGUCCCGUGCGUGUGGUGGCGGGAGUCAACACGACCAUCUUCUGUCCCUACUCAGGAUUUCCAAUCAGCGAGAUUCGAUGGCAGCGCGGAGGAAUAGACAUAUCGUCAAGCGGUGGACGAGCACUUUCUGGUGUCGGAGGGGAGUUGCUGCUGUGGCCAGCCGAGCCGACUGACGCUGGUCUAUACUCCUGCCGCGUUAGCUCACCAGAAGGACACUACGCGCAGAAGGAUGUUCAGAUAUUUGUUAGAAAUCCACCAAAAAUAGCUGGGUUUACGUUUCCUUCGGACCUGGUGGAAGGCAGUUCCAUUCAAGUCCUGUGCGGAAUCACAUCGGGAGAUAAACCAGUUUAUUUCUCGUGGCUUAAAGAUGGACAGACAAUACCUCCAAACUUACAGGUGCAGGAGAAAUCCUUGGACGAGUUUAGUUUCCUGAUCUUCUCCCACGUGACGUCAAAGCACAGUGGCGAGUACACGUGUGUAGCCAGCAAUUCAGCUUCAGAAGUCAACCAUACUGCUAGACUUGCCGUCAAAGUUGCGCCUACGUGGGUCUUCGAACCUCAAGACGCAUCUGUUCUUCUUGGCACUCCGAUCUUGGUGCAUUGCUCUACCAAGGGCUAUCCUGAACCUAAAGUCACUUGGUUUAAAGGACACGGCUCCAAUACUCCCGAUUUCCGCCCCUUGUCAGGACUGGAAGCAGCCAUAUCCGCACUAAAUAAUGGAUCCUUGAGUGCUAUUUCAGCGACGCGGGCGCACGAGGGUCGGUACAUGUGCCGCUCGGAUAAUGGCGUCGGCAGGGGACUGUCUAAGGUCAUCACUGUAUCUGUUAAUGAGCCAGCCCAGUUUGAAUACUCGUCCCGAAAUAUGUCAGUUCGUCGUACCUCAUCAGUCACAUUGUCUUGCGCUGCGCGAGGGGAUUCCCCUCUGCAGUUGCACUGGACACACAACAUGAGACCCUUAGAUCUCAACACUUACAGAGUCUCAGUUUCUGAGAAGAGAUCUGAGAACGGAGCGAGCUCUGAACUUACGAUUGCUCACGCGCAGCGUCGUGACUCAGGAGUCUACCGAUGUCGCGCUGAGAACGCGUAUGGAAGGGAUGAAUUACUUAUUUAUCUAGCUGUGCAAGAGUUUCCUGAAGCCCCACGUGGUCUAACCGUAAAGAAACGAGAAGGUCGUGCAGCUGUGGUAGCAUGGAGACGAGGAUUCGACGGAAAUGCCCGUUUACGCGCUUUUCGACUACAAUACCGUGUUGUGGGACACGCGCAAUUAGCAGCAGAUUGGAGUCUUGCUCCCACCAGGGAACUGCCCGCUGACUCUCUAACUCAAAGGCGAGAGUCAGCAGACCCGGAUUCGGAAGUGAUAUUGGAAUAUCGGGUGGAAGGUCUCAGGCCAGCCACAGCAUACGCCCUAAGACUGGCCGCUGUUAACGACAUUGGAGACAGUGAAUAUUCUGAUUCUGUCAUUGUUAAUACUCUGGAAGAAGCACCGUCGGAGCCACCUCGUGGUAUUGAACUCCUUCCCGAUGCACCAGGAGAAAUACUCAUCAAAUGGCAGGCUCCAAACCAAGAGUCAUGGAAUGGUGAACUACUUGGCUACGCGGUGUGGUGCCGAGGCGAAAACACGUCCCUCUCCCUAUCUAUAUCAGGAUGGGCUAUCACCAAUGCCAGAUUAGGCGCUUUGCGAUCUCACGCAAGAUACGAAAUCAGAUUGAGGGCGUUUAACUCGGUUGGACCUGGCCCUCCGUCAGCCUCGCUUACCACAACUACCCUGGAAGAUGCCCCAGAUGCCCCUCCUCAACACGUCCGCUGCGAAGCAGUCUCAUCGCAGGCCUUACGCGUUUGGUGGGAACCGCCUCCUGCUGAUAAGAGGGGAGGUCUUAUUAUUGGAUAUGAAGUAUCCUACAGGCCGGUUGAUAGGCCUUCCGGUAUUUGGGAAAGACGUAGAGCUGGUAGUGGUGAGGCUCAACUAUCCGGUCUUCGUGCUGGUAAUUAUUCCGUUCGAGUCGCUGCCAGAUCAACAGCUGGUCUUGGAGUGCCUGCCCAUCUCUUCUGUACUACGCUGGAUGAUAGUCCACCAGCAGACGUAAAAGUCUUUCCACACACAGAAGACUCUGUUAUUUUAAGCUGGCUUCCACCGAUGCAGAAGAAUGGAAGAAUACGCCAUUACCGAGUCUAUACUCGACCGCAACGGGUAGGUCGACAUUUAAGCGAGUCAAUAGUGAUAUCUGAAAAACAACAAGGCGAUGAGCAGCACGUAGUGGUGGAUGGCUUGCAGCAACAGCUAUAUGAGCUGUGGGUGACCGCUGCCACUGGGCUAGGAGAAGGCGAGAUGAGCACCAUCGUAGCUGCUAAACCAAAUUCCAAAGGAGGAGCAAAAGUAAGUUCAUUUUCGCGUCGCCUGACAGUUCCCGUGGACAGCUCGGUCGUGCUGCAAUGUGUUUCGGCAGGUGCUGCUCCCAUCUCGAGAUUAUGGUCCAGAAGACGACCGCCACCGCCACAUGCUGACAAUAGGAUACGAAUUGAUGGACAUAAGCUCAUCAUUCAUAAAGUGGAGCCGUCUCUAGCAGACAACUACACCUGCACUGUCCGGAACCGCUGGGGCGAAGACCAUGGCACUUGGGAGCUGCUUACAAUCAGUCCACCAUCUAAACCCCGUCUGCGUCUUACCAGUGCGUCGCCCACAGCUUUGCUAUUAGCGUGGGAUUCAUCUGGUGCACAUAGUUACAGCCUAGAGUACGCUAGAGGUGACGGUCCCUGGCAAUCCCGUUGGGUUUGGGGAUCGGCUCGUAGUGCUGCACUUCGAGGUCUGGCUUGUGGCGCGCACUACCGGGUUAGGUUACGUGCACAUGGCGACGCAGGUGCUUCUGCACACAGUGAUGUGCUGCAUACAGCAACACCUGGUGCUUUAUCAAAAGCGGCGUUAGAAAAGCAAUUGAUCAGCACGAAUAGCAGUUGCGUGAAACUCAAUCUCCUGACUUGGGACAGCAAUGGUUGCCCGCUCAUCCACUUCAUCAUAUCCAUACGUGGCUUUGAAGAGUUUUCUUGGAAAUCGGAAAGCGUGGGACUGGAAGCAGAACCUAUAACUCUGUGUGCGUUGCGACCGGCAACCUGGUAUCAUCUAAAAGUGGUGGCUACUACAACUGCUGGAGUCACAACAGCCACUUAUUACUUUGCUACGCUUACUGAGAGUGGAGAACGUAUUCCAGCGCCCGCGCAGUUUCCAUCCGGUGGAGAAGACGUGGUGAGUGGGGGAAAUGGGAUAGCCCUACUCGCUGCAGGCGCUGCAUUUAUCACUGCCUUGAUGCUGUUAGCUGUAAUUGCAUAUAAAAGAAGCUCUGUGAAAUGUCUCAACAAAGGAUACGAGCCAAGCAGUGUUUCUGAAGACGAAAAAUCAGUGGAAAAGAGAGACAACAGAAGGAACUGCCAACAGGUGUACACCUCAUCCCCAAUUAAGUCAAACAAAAAGGAACAACAAGAGAUGUACGAAAUUAGUCCAUACGCGACGUUCAGUAUGUCGAGUGGUGCAGUGUGCAGCGAGGGAAGCGCAUCAGUCGGAGGAACUGGUGCCAGUGGAACUCUUCGCACCUUCGGGAGAGCUGAACCCGCCCCACUUAGUGCUGCACCUCCUACUAACAGGCACAUGCAUCGAGAUCCAGCUGACUCAGACGAAUACACCCUGUCUCGUGCAAUGACGUUGAUGGUGCGUCGAACGGAAUCGGAUUCCGAUUCAUCUGGGUCUCCUUGCGCCGAGUGUAACUCCAGCGUCUCCUACAGGAUGUGUGUCGCCCCUAGCAAAGCGGAGGAGGUAUUUCGAGGCGUAACGGAUUCUAGCGCUGAGUCGUGCACGUCUGGAUCAAGAGAUAAAGCGAGAAGAAGACCUCGUAGACACACGCCUAAUUCCACAAGAUACCCACAACGGCAGGAGCAAGAGAGGCGCGAUUUUACAAUUCACGUGUAA